AUGAUAUAUGAUGAAGAUGUGAUGACAUGGGAUUAUCAAGAAGAAAUUGAGGGUAACAAUAAUGAAGACUUUUUAGAUAGUAUUAUUACCUCUGAAGAAAAUCAAUAUUCUGGCGAAAAUUAUAUGAAUCUCCAAAUUGAAAAUACUGAUAAUAACUGUAUAGAUCAGAGUAUAGAUAGUGCUGAUAUCAAACAUCAGAGUAUAUGUCAAAUCUUAUAUAAUGGAGUCCAAAUCAUUCGUAUUGUAGAAAAUGAAAUGAAAAAUGAAAAUCCGCCACGAAAAUCCCCGAUUAAUGAUAGAAUCUCUAGUCAAAACAGACAAAUAUUAUUUAAUUGGCUCUUUGCUCAUCAACAAAACCCUUAUCCAAAAUUGGCCGAUUUUAUUGAUCUGGAAUAUAAAACCGGACUUGGAAAGAAAAGGAUUCAAACAUUUUUUAUCAACUACAGAGCCAGAUUGUUAAAAAGAGCUCCUCGCGGAGGGAUCAUCAAUCAACUUGUAACAACUGGACAAUAG